CCAAGUGUCCAACUAAUGAACAGAUAAAAUGUGGUAUAUCCAUAAAAUAGAGUAUUUCUCAGUAAUAAUAGGGACGAAGUAGUUACACAUGCUAAAGCAUGGAUGAACCUUGUAAAGAUUAUGCCAAAUGACAAGAAAGUUACAAAAGACCACAUGUGUAAUAUGAGCUCAUUUAUAUUAAAUGUCCAAAAUAGGCAAAUUUAUAGAAAUAGAAAGUAGAUUAGUGGUUGCCUAGGGAUAGGGGGGUGGGGUGCAAGAACAGGAAGUGGGUGAUAGGAAUUGACUGCUAAUAGGUAGAGGUUUCUUUUUGGGAUGGUGAAAAUGUUCUAAAGUUAUGGAGAUGGCUGUUCAACUUUGUAGGUGUACUAAAAACCAUUGACUAGUAUACUUUAAGUGGGUAAACUUUAUGGUAUGUGUAUUAUAUCUGAAUAAAACUGUUAAAGAUACAGUUGUUUAAACUUUUUAACUUGUAUCUUCAGACAUUUUAUGGGUUCUUUCUUCUUAGCAUAUGAAUAUGCUCUGGCCUCCUAUCCUAAAACAAAACAGGACAAAAUAUCCCCCUGUAGGCUCCCUUGCUACUGCCAUCCCAUGUUUUUUUCUUCCUUUCACAGAGUUAGACUGGCUGAGCAACCCAAGCUUUUGUGUUGGAUCCAUAACGUCACUGAGUCAACAGACUGAAGCAGCCACAGCCCUUGUUUCUGAAGGGUCACCACUGACAAGGAGUCCUCUGAAAUCAGAGCUUUCAGACGAAAGUGACACUAACAAAAAGGUCAGACAAGCAAGCAGAAAAAAGAAGAAAGAGAAAAAGAAGAAAAGGAAGCAUCAGCACCAGAAGAAAACCAAGAGAAAGCACGGGCAGUCGAGCAGCAGUGGAUCUGAGCCAGACACCGAUUCUGAAAGGGACAAGUCUCUCCGCAGCAUCGAAGGCAGUAAAAAGGAGUCUGAGAAACUGAGUCAAGGAGGUAAUUCUGCUGCUGAUAUUGGACAUCGCUUUGUUUGGCUUGAGGACGUUCAGGUGCGGACAGGAGAAACCUUCAGAACAGAUAAGAAGCCAGAUCCUGCAAACUGGGAGUAUAAGUCUCUCUACCGGGGGGAUAUAGCAAGAUACAAGAGGAAAGGAGACUCCUGCCUUGGCAUUAACCCUAAGAAGCAGUGCAUAUCUUGGGAAGGGGCUUCUGCCCAGAAGAAGCAUUCACGCAAGCAGGUUGAACGCUAUUUUACAAAGAAGAGUGUGGGAUUAAUGAACAUCAGCGGAGUUGUUGUUAGCAGUAAAAGUGAACCUCCCUCAUCUGAGCCAAUUUCAUUUAUACCAGUGAAGGACUCGGAUGAUGUGGCUCCCCCUGUAACAACCUGGUUGAAUCCUCUGGGCAUUUAUGAUCAGUCAACUACACAGUGGUUACAGGGACAGGGUCCUCCAGAGCAAGAAGCAAAGCAGCCAGACUCACUGCCAGACAGCGAGAAUGCAGUUCUCAAGGCCAAGGUGGAAGAGUUUAACAGGAGGGUGCGGGAGAAUCCUCGGGAUACUCAGCUGUGGAUGGCAUUUGUUGCUUUUCAGGAUGAGGUCAUGAAAAGUCCUGGCCUGUAUGCCAUUGAGGAAGGAGAGCAGGAAAAGCGAAAGAGGUCCCUGAAGCUGAUUCUGGAGAAGAAGCUGGCCAUUCUGGAGCGGGCCAUCGAAAGCAACCAGAGCAGUGUGGAACUGAAACUGGCCAAGCUGAAGCUCUGCACAGAGUUCUGGGAGCCCUCCGCUCUGGUCAAAGAAUGGCAGAAACUGAUAUUUUUACAUCCCAAUAAUGCAACCCUCUGGCAGAAAUAUCUUUUAUUUUGCCAGAGCCAGUUUAGUACUUUUUCAAUAUCAAAAAUUCACAGUCUUUAUGGAAAGUGCUUGAGUACUUUGUCUGCCGUGAAGGAUGGCAGCAUCUUGUCUCACCCUGCACUGCCUGGCACGGAAGAGGCCAUGUUUGCACUCUUUCUUCAGCAGUGCCACUUUCUGCGGCAGGCUGGCCACUCGGAGAAGGCUGUAUCUUUGUUCCAGGCCAUGGUUGACUUCACCUUCUUUAAACCCGACAGUGUGAAAGAUCUGUCAACCAAAGCACAGGUGGAAUUUUUUGAGCCCUUUUGGGACAGUGGAGAGCCCCGGGCUGGGGAGAAGGGAGCCCGAGGCUGGAGAGCUUGGAUGCACCAGCAGGAGCGAGGUGGCUGGGUGGUGAUCAACCCAGAUGAGGAUGACGAUGAACCAGAAGAGGACGACCAGGAAAUAAAAGAUAAGACUCUGCCCCGAUGGCAGAUCUGGCUUGCUGUGGAGCGCUCCCGAGACCAGAGGCACUGGCGGCCCUGGCGCCCUGAUAAAACCAAGAAGCAAACUGAGGAAGACUGUGAGGAUCCUGAGAGACAGGUGUUGUUUGAUGAUAUUGGACAAUCUUUGAUUAAACUUUCCAGCCAAGAUCUUCAGUUCCGACUGAUUGAGGCCUUUCUGCAGUUCUUGGGUGUGCCUUCUGGCUUCAUCCCUCCAGCCUCCUGCCUUCACCUGGCCAUGGAUGAGAACAGCAUUUUUGACAAUGGACUUUAUGAUGAAAAGCCCUUGACUUUUUUCAAUCCUCCAUUUUCUGGGGUCAGCUGUGUUGGCCGCAUGGACAGGUUGGGCUGUCCUCGCUGGACCAGGGGCCAUGACCGAGAGGGCGAGGAGUUCAUCCGCAACGUCUUCCACCUCGUGAUGCCUUUGUUUUCAGGCAAGGAAAAGUCUCGGCUCUGUUCCUCCUGGUUACAAUACGAGAUUACAAAGGUUAUUUGGUGGCUGCACACUAAAAACAAGAAGAGAUUAAAGUCACAAGGGAAGAAUUGCAAAAAACUAGCCAAGAAUCUCCUUAAGGAGCCAGAAAACUGCAACAACUUUUGCCUCUGGAAGCAGUAUGCCCAUCUGGAGUGGUUGCUUGGCAACAUAGAGGAUGCCAGAAAAGUUUUUGAUACAGCACUUAGCAUGGCAGGAAGCAAAGAACUGAAAAACCCUGAACUCUGUGAGCUCAGUCUGCUCUAUGCCGAACUGGAGGUGGAGCUGUCACCAGACUCAAGAGGGGCCACCACAGCCCGAGCUGUUCAUAUAUUGACAAGGCUGACUGAGAGCAGUCCCUACGGGCCCUACACCGGACAGGUCUUGGCUGUUCACAUUUUGAAAGCUCGAAAGGCUUAUGAGCACGCACUGCAGGACUUCUUGGGUGAAAGCUCUGUCUCUGAUCCAGCUCCCACCGAUUCUUUUAACCACCUAAUUAGCUUGGUCAAAUGCUUUAUGCUCUUCCAAUAUUUGACUGUAGGAAUUGAUGCUGCUGUGCGGAUAUAUAAGGAGAUAUUUGCAAAACUGAACAGCUCUGUUUCCCCAGAAGGCUCUGUCCUGGAGGACAGUGCCAGUUCCCAGAGUUUGACCAGUGUUCUUGAAGCCAUCACUCUGAUGCACACAAGCCUGCUCAGAUUGCACAUGAAAGUUAGCGUUUAUCCUCUGGCUCCUCUACGGGAGGCACUCUCAGAGGCCUUAACAUUGUAUCCGGGCAACCAGGUUCUUUGGAGGUCCUAUGUACAGAUUCAAAAUAAGUCCCACAGUGCCAGCAAGACCAGACGAUUUUUUAAUACAAUCACCAGGUCCGCCAAACCCCUAGAGCCGUGGUUGUUUGCAAUUGAAGCUGAGAAAAUGAGGAAAAGACUGGUGGAAGCUGUUCAGAGGGUAGACGGUAGAGAGGUCCACACCACAAUUCCUGAGACCGGCUUAGCACAUCGGAUCAAAGCCCUGUUUGAAAAUGCAAUGCGGAGCGACAGUGGCAGCCAGUGCCCCUUACUGUGGAGGAUGUAUUUGAACUUCUUGGUUUCCUUAGGAAAUAAAGAAAGAAGCAAAGGUGUGUUCUACAAAGCACUUCAAAAUUGUCCUUGGGCAAAGGUAAGUUUAAAGACCGUGGUAUCCUCAGAUUCCCAAGGACCUUCCUGCCAGGCCUCAGUCCAGCCAGUGUCUACCCGGCCCACCCCUGUGUCAUCGGGCAUGUUCGGCUCUGUGGAUACCAAUACCCUGUCCCAAGGCACGUCUUGUGAACUCGUCCCCUGCGGCGUCAGAGCCUCAUGGACGUUGGUUUCCUUUCCCUGCCCUGGAGCCCGUGCUUCAUGGCAGCGUUGCUGCAGGUAGCUGGUUUCCCAGCAUUCGCCCAGAGUUCAACCCAGAUGCUGAAAGAGUUGGGACCCACGUCCCGACUCUGCACAGCCCAGGU